AUGGUAAAUCAAAUCCUUAGAAAACAAAAGAAAAGUGAAAUUGUACAAAUAUAUUGUACGGAUAAUAUAAAGAAAUAUUUGCAAGAAACUACAUUACAUGGACUGAAAUAUUUGGCUGAUAACUCUCUAACAAUAUGGGAAAAAUUAUUUUUCUUUGCUUCAUUUGUAGCUGCUCUCGUAAUUGUUGCAAAUUUAAUAUCGAAUGUGUACUCAAAGUGGGAUAGUACUCCGGUAAUUAUUGGUAUAAGUCCACAUCCGACAUCUAUACUUAAGGUGCCAUUUCCAGCCAUGACUUUGUGCAACAUGAAUCAAGUGCUUAAUUCAAAAGUGGCCAAUUAUUCUGAAGAUUCUUUAGAAUUUGAUAUUCUUCGAUUUCUAUGUUUCACUGAAACGGAGUACGAUGAUCAGUUGGCCAACAAAGACAAUUUUAAAAACAACAACUUGAGAAUAACCGAUUUUGUUAUAAAGCAUGCCCAACCUUGUGCUCGUAUGUUGAUUUACUGUCAAAUAAGCUCUAUUGCCUACAACUGUAGCGAAUUAUUUCGUGAAGUAAUGACAGAUGAAGGACUCUGCUGUGUUUUUAAUACUUUGCAUCCAGACUUUUUAUAUAAAGGAAAGUAUGAUAUUAUAAAGGAUUUAAAGGAUGACAAAAUAACGAAAGCAGUUAAUUGGAAUCCCGAAAGUGGAUACCCAUCAAAACUACCAGAAAAAUUUUAUCCGAGACCAGCCUCUGGUACUGGUGUUUCAAUGGGGGUAUCGGUAAUUUUAAAUGCAGAAUUAGAUGAAUAUUAUUGCUCUUCAACAAACGGUCCGGGAAUAAAAAUUUCACUCCACAACCCCAUUGAGACGCCUUCGGUUAAGGAGGCUGGGCUCACUGUGCCAUUAGGCUAUGAAACACGUUUUCGUAUUGACGCUAUACGUUCAGAAGCUGUAACCGCUAUACGAUCCAUACACCGUAAUCGUCGCCAAUGUGUGUUUAUGAACGAAGAGCGUUUACUGUACUACAAGUACUAUACGCGACGCAAUUGCGAAAGCGAAUGCCAGGCGGCUUACUUGUAUCAGCAAUGCUCUUGUAUACCAUUUAAUUAUCCACUGAUCUACAAUAACGCAACUAUAUGUACAGUGAAAGAGAGUUUCUGCAUUAACAAAGCAAAUAAAGAAUGGACCUUUGUAUUGGCAGAUAAUUUGUGUUUAAAACGCUGUCUACCCGGCUGCUUUGAUUUGACUUUUCUUCCAGAUUCCUUUUCAGGUCCACUGGCCGAACGUAAUUACACCAUUCAAAAUAGCCUACUGCGUAGCAUGCCCAAAGAUGAAAUGAGAAAAAACAUUGCCAUUGUUCAUUUUUAUUAUCGAGAAUCAGUUUUUCAUGGCGAUUUAAAAAAUGUCUAUAUCGGUUUGACAGAAUUCUUAUCUAAUAUCGGAGGUAUCAUGGGCCUAUUUAUGGGAUUUAGUUUCAUAUCGGUGGCAGAAAUUGUUUACUUUUCUAUUUUAAGGCCAGUUUUUAAAUUUGUGUUGCCGCGUAAAUUCCAGAAUGUAUCAUUGAAAAAAAAUGUACAGACAAAUCCUGAAACUAAGACUUAA